AUGCCGGAUGCAGAGAUGCCGGAGACGCGUGAAGGUCUCGUUCUUUUCCCACGUUGCUUGGCGCGUGCCUUCCGCUGCCUGAGGGAUGUGCCCAUUGUGCACUUUGUAGCGGUAACCAAAGUCAAUCGCCGGGGAAAACGUCAGCGACGCUUUCUUGUCAUCACAUCCAUGCACCUGUACUCGUGCGUGGAGAAUGGCAGCAUUCAGCGCUGUGUACCGACGCGGAGCGUUGCGGAGGUGCACGCGUGGAACGGUGAGCUGCCGCAGGUCGGGCUGAAGAUCCCAUCCGAGUAUGACAUGCUGUUCUUUAUGGACUCGGCAGCCGAUGUGACGGGAGUUGUGGCGGCGCUGCAGUCUGCCACCCGUGACGGUGCAAGCGGCCGUGGCGAUUGUGGCGCACUGCGUCUUGUGGAGGCGACGGAGGCGCUGAGCGUCGCUGCUUAUUGUCUGGAGCGGCCGAAGGGGUUUGAGCGGGGGAUGCGCGGCACGUUUGGCUGGCUGAUUGGAAGUGUCGGGGACGUGCCCGCGGCGGGGAUGGACCACGACGCGCUUCGGCCGUUUGUUUCCGCCAACGCGAAGGGCCUGUUCGUGAAGUCUUCCACUGCCGCCGCCGCCGCCGCCGCUGCAUCAUCAUCGCCACCGUCGUCAUUGACAGCGGCGGGGGGAACGGUGCCAGCAGCUGCGGAAGAGACCGGCUUGCCAGGCGCGUCAAAUGGCACGCGGUGCCUCAGCAAAGACUACAGCGACGAUGAGGGGGCGGACGCCGUCUCUUUCUCUGUUCCACCGCCCCACUCUCCCACGAUCGGAUCCGCGGAAGCGGGAGCGGAACACAGGACGAAGAAGAAGGGGACGGGGGAGGAAAAGACAGCCGCGUCCGUCAUUUCCCGCCACGACAACAACAUGGGUGGCGCUGCUGCUGCGUUGGCGGGCGGACCGGCGCUGCGGGACGACCGGCGCCAACUGCUGGAGGAGAGGGAGCAAUGGUGCCUGCUGCUCGCCGCGGAACGGCGCGACACAUACCGUCUGCGCCAGGCCAUAUCCGACCUGCGUGGACAAGUGCUUGCACUAACCUCUGAUAAUAUCAAACUUCGCACCGAGUUACUCAACCAGCGCGUUACUUGGCAUCCCAAGCAGAGUAGCUGA